AUGACUCUCCUGGCAAGCCACCUGGAGCAAAUCGCUGCGUCUGCGAAGGCCAUCACCGAGUUGGAGUUCCCUCCGCCGAAAAGAUUCACCAACGCCUUGCUAAGCAAUUCUGAAAUCACUACCUUGAUUCGCGAUACCGAAGCUUACGAGCGCGCACUGUUUUCCCUUGAUCACAAUGCUGUCGCCAGAAGUCGCCAGCAAACAAAUAACCCAGACGCUGGCUCGAAUGGCCACAAAAGUGGUUUUAAUGCCUCUCAUCCGUUGAAACAGUCAGCGGUCACUCUAGUACUCGGAACUGAUAUGCUGCGAGAAAUAAGACUAUCAAGCAAUGCGCGAGCACAUGGCGGAGUCAACGUUGAAGUCCUUCUCCGUGGUGCAGAAAAGCUUUGUGAGGUAUACAGCGUUGCAGGAGCCUCGCAAAAGAUUCGCGCACUCCGCAACCGUCAUAAAGAACUCGCCGCUUCUAUUACCGUGCUUGAAACGAAGGUGCUCAAGCAACAGUCACUCUUAGAGCGCAGGCAUCCCACCUGGGACCCGGACAAUGCAGGAGAUGAGAAUGAUAGGGAACACGACUUUGUGAACAAUGACAAGCACGCGGUCUUAACCGAGGACGAUUUCCAGCUCGAAGAGGAGGAGAUCCAAGAAUUAGAAGCAAGGAAGAAAGCUUUAGAAGAUCGUGUCUCGGGCAUGGAAAGAGACCUUGGUGGACUUCUCAAAUGA